AUGAAGCUCCUCUCAGCAUCGGUCUUGGCGGCGGCCCUGACAGCUGGUGUAUCGGCCUUGACGCCCGCGCAAUGGCGGUCUCAGACGAUAUACCAGAUUGUCACGGACCGGUUUGCCAGGACUGACGGCUCGACGACAUAUCCGUGUGUUGAUCGGGAGCAGACGUAUUGCGGGGGUACGUGGAGGGGUAUCAUCCAGCGUUUGGACUACAUCCAAGGUCUCGGUGCGACGGCAGUGUGGAUUUCGCCAUUUGUCAAGAACAUCGACGGCAAAUCCGCUGACGGCGAAUCGUAUCAUGGCUAUUGGGCCAAGGACAUCUACCAAGUCAAUCCGUCAUUUGGCACACCUGAGGACCUCAUUGCUCUGUCGGAUGCUCUCCAUUCCCGCGGCAUGUACCUCAUGGUCGACGUCGUCACAAACCACAUGGCCUGGAUCGGAAACCCCAAUUCGGUUGACUACUCCACCUUCCGCCCCUUCAGCAAUGCUUCCGCGUACCAUCUGCCCCCUUGCUGGAUCAACUACGACAACCAAACCUCCGUCGAAAGAUGCUGGCAAGGUAGCGAUGCCGUGCCCCUGCCGGACCUACGUACCGAGGACCCUAGCAUCCGCCAGGUCUGGAACGACUGGAUUCGGAGCGCGGUCGCCAAGUACAAGUUCGAUGGUCUCCGGCUGGACAGCGCCAAGCACGUCGAACCGUCGUUCUGGACUCCUUUCGAAGCUGCCGCUGGUGUUUUCUCCAUGGGCGAAGUCUUCCACGGGGAUCCCGUCUACGUAGCGCCGUACCAGGAUGUCAUGUCCGGGCUGGUCAACUAUCCUGCGUACUACUGGAUCACGCAAGCUUUUCAGUCAACGACGGGAAGCAUUUCCAACUUGGCAGCCGGGAUCCGGAAGCUUGGCACGGAAGCACGCGACCUUACGCUCUACGGCAGCUUCAUCGAGAACCACGACCAGAAGCGCUUCCUCAGCGAAACCCCCGACUUGGCCCUGCUCAAGAACGCGCUGACCUUCUCACUUCUGAUGGACGGCAUUCCCAUCAUCUACCAGGGGCUGGAGCAGGGAUACAAGGGCGGCGACACUCCCUUUAACCGCGAGGCGAUGUGGCUCUCGGGCUACAACACCCAGACGGUGCAAUACCAAUGGAUCAAGAGGAUAUUCGCUCUCCGCUCGGCCAUGUCUUCGCAAGACGGCGGAUACCUGUUCUACAAGGCGCUGCCCAUCUACCAGGAUUCCCACGUCAUCGCCAUGCGCAAGGGGUUCGACGACUACCAAGUCGUGAGCGCGUACGCCAACGUCGGCGGCAACAGCACCUUCCGGGUAGCCCUGGGACAGGCGGAGACGGGAUUCCGCCCCUGCAAGCUGAUCAUGGAGGUCACCCAGUGCCGCCCGUUCGUGACGGACUCCAGCGGCGUGCUUCAGGCCGAGAGCGGGAGCGGGGAGCCGCUCGUGCAAGCCACGUCCUCCCCCUCCUCCUCCUCGUGCCCGUCGCAGCAGCCCUCCUCCGUCAUCGGCUACCGCGACGGUCGCCUUUGA